CACGCGUUUCUUUCCUUGGUUCAUCAUUCAGUCGACGCUCAAAAGGGUUUCUUUUCUCCUUCUGCAACAACCCUAAACAAACUCUUUCAUCUUCCUUCUCGAUCAAACGCGGCGUCUCAACGGGGACGAUUUUGGCAGUUGGCUUCCCUUUAUCCUCGGUUCCUCACUUUUCGGUCUUCCUCAUCAGUUUCUUGCCGCCCUUCGCACUGUCCCAGCGCCCAAUUUGCUCUCUCUCUUUUUUCAAGGACUCUAAAUCUUGCAGUCCCAGGUGGCUGUUCUUGGAGUGACAAUCAGUAAAGGCAAGUACGUUGCAGAAUCGAACGUGAUUAGUCUGAUUGAGCAGGUUAUCAAUCAAUUGCUUAAAUAGUGAAUUGGAUGCUAUAAUGGCUGAUGGAGAUGUCAAAUUGCAGAGGAAGAUGCAGAAAGUCGUCCUCGUCUUCGCCAUCCCCGUCCUCCUUGGCUUAAGUUGAGUGGGUCCCUUCCCAACACGAGAGCACCGUACCCCGGGAACGCCGGAGCUGCGAAGGGCACAGAGGGCGUGGGGUCAUAAUUUGAUAAAGCAGCGCGGGGAAUGGCGGCCAAUCCAGACAAACAGGCACCGGGAUUGGACGACAGGAUCAAGUACGAGUCUUGGGAUUGUCACCAUGAUAUUUCUAUUCACCUGCGCAACAAGAGCAGGAACCUCCAAUCAAGAAACGACAAACUCAGCUUCUUUACUUCUCUAUCCGAAGCUUUGCAUGUUCAGAAUCCACUGGCCGACCCAGAUGUCGUGCAUUAUUUAGAUGACCUCUACGACAGUGUCAAAUCCCAGUUGCUCCAUCUCCUGGAAGUAAAUAGAGCUGUAUCACCCGAUGUGUCUGAUGAUAAUGUUGAUCAUGUGCCGUAUAAGUUUUUCUUGGAUCAUCUGAGGCUGGACGGAAAAUCUUAUGCGCUUGUCAUCCCGGAAGACGGUGUCUAUAUUAAAUACGAAGCGGAGGAACCAGAGGAUUCUACAUUACCAACUACAACACGCUCUGAGUCGAACCUUGAUGAUCGGACCCGUCUUAUUUCUAUCGAUACUAAUUUGAACUCUGAGGCAGAGCAGCUUCGUAAAUCACCAGGUAGGAAACAAAAGCAACCUCUUCAAACGAUUGUGGAUCCAAAGGCGACGACGCGCAGGGGUAGGAAACCAAAACAACCUCUCGCCCUUAGCACCGAUGUUCGAUCGAACGUGGAUUUGGAAGUGAAAGAAGAAGAAGAUGAAGACGACCAUCUGCCUGACUUAAAAAGGCCCCUCAUAAAACAACCAGAACCUGUUGUGAAUGUGGAUCGGUGGUGGGAGAAACAAAAAGCCCGUGCACGGAAACACACAGCAUUUAGAGAUAAGCUCAUGGAUAAUCUCAGGAGGCCUUACUCCGAGGACGAGUACCGGAUGCUUCUUAAACAACUUAGUGAAAAGAAACCAGUGAAAAGCCAAAGAGUUUUGCGUUCGUGCACAAAAAGCUAUGACGACGACACUCGUCCUUCAAAGUCUAUUCUUGAUUACCAUGCUGAUCUUGCAAAGAGAAUAGAUUCAGUUCGUGAUGAUCAUCCCAGAGUUCUGAAUCUCCUUCGUGGAUAUUUCUUUUGGAUGACAAAUUUAUCUCAAGAAGGGUCGUUUCUACCAUGGGAAGAUGCAUCAUGUCUGGAGGCGCUGCCACAAUAGGAGGCGCUGCAUUUGAUUUUGAGGGGAUUUACCAUGUUCUCUUCGCUUUUAACUUUGGUUCCUGCUGGGACUGCCAACAUGUUAGUUACUAGUUAGUGUAUAUAUUUAG